AUGCUUCUGUUUAUUAUUCUGGCAUCUCUGCUGACAACAAUAGCAAUUGUAUUGAACGGUGAGGCCUGCCGUUACCUCCACAAACCCUCUGCCAUUCGUGUGACGGAUGCUGCGCUCGAUAUGUAUUUACUACAUAAGUUGGACAACUGGAUCAUUGGGGCUGGACUUCCACCGAAUAUCAGAGAACUCAUCGCACCAACUCCACCAAAAAACACGCUCAGCACUCUGUUACUAACGUGUCGACCAUCUCUGGGAGCAGUAACAUCUAACAUUUCUUUACUACAUAGCCUGGGAAUUGAAAACAUUGUCAACAUAACAUCUUUCAUUAAGAACAAAAAACUGCAAGAUAUUAUCGAUAUAAAUUACCCGACUGUUGUCGACCAAAUUCUUGGCAUGGAUUUAGGGUCGCAUGUGCCGAAUGACAUGAAAGACUUGCUUCAGAGGGCCCAGAAUGUCGCUUUAAUUUUAGAAUCGCCAAACUACACGGAUGCAGUAAACAGCCUGCGAAAGUCUCCGGUUGAUUUAGAAGCCACCAAUACCUUUUUGGAUAAUUUGGAGUUAGAUGUCAAACGCACAACCUCGAUGACAUCUGGUAGAGCCAAUCCGCGAUUCAGAUUUGCUGAGCUAACGAUCAAUGAGGUGCGCACGCAACUAAAGCAUCUUGGCCCCCUAAUUCAAAAUGCCAAUCUACUGGCACAAACGGUAGAAAAACUGCAGCAACAAAACUCACUCUCUGAUCAUCUGCGGAAACUUGGUGUGACUCUAGACAAUACACUGAAGCGGAGCUACUUAAUCACCGCCUCUGCAGGAGAUGAGAAACAUUGUUUUGUUACAUUGUCGGACCCCAAAGUACUCGAGGCGCCCAUUCUCCCCGCAUACAAAAACGCAACACAAAGCCUGUUAGCCGAUUUAUCUAAUGGCUUAGACAACCUCACAACAGAAUUCACGGGAGCUGUAGUCUCCUGUAAUCGUCUGCACUACGUAGUAAAUUCAAUGAUCCAAGUUUCAUGUUCUACAACGGGAUUGAUCAAUUGGUUGGGUGCUACACUUACGUUUCAGUCUUUUAUUAUCCUAUACGGGCAUAUUUAUUCAGUCUGA